GAAGCUUUUCCUGAUAUGGAGCCUAAAUUUUCCUUUUCUGAAUGUCUCUUAGUACUGGAGGAGCACACUGGUGGAAUUGGGCCUAGAAUUUUUCUGCCCUCAGGAGCUUUCUUCUUCUUAUCUGAAGGCAGCAGCCUGGUAGUUUUGGACAGUGCUUUCCCCAGAGGUGUAAUGAGAAAUGGCUUUAGGAAACAACACCCAGCGAAGUUAUUCCAUCAUCCCGUGUUUCAUCUUUGUCGAGCUUGUCAUCAUGGCUGGGACCGUUCUGCUCGCCUACUACUUCGAGUGCACUGACACUUUCCAGGUGCACAUCCAGGGCUUCUUCUGCCAGGAUGGAGAUUUGAUGAAGCCUUACCCAGGAGCAGAGGACGAGAGCUUUAUUUCCCCGCUUGUGUUGUAUUGCGUGCUGGCUUCAACUCCCACUGCUAUUAUUUUUAUUGGCGAGAUCUCCAUGUAUUUCAUAAAGUCAACCCGAGAAACCCUGAUUGUCCAGGAGAAAACUAUCUUGACCGGAGAGUGCUGUUACUUGAAUCCGUUACUUCGAAGAAUUAUACGCUUCAUAGGAGUGUUUGCAUUUGGACUUUUUGCCACUGACAUAUUUGUAAAUGCUGGCCAGGUAGUGACGGGGAACUUGGCUCCGUACUUCCUGACGGUGUGUAAACCCAACUACACAGGCAGCGACUGCCGGGCUCACCACCAGUUCAUAAACAAUGGGAAUAUCUGCACCGGGGACCUGGAAGUGAUUGAAAAGGCCAGGAGAUCCUUUCCAUCCAAACAUGCUGCUCUGAGCAUUUACUCAGCCCUUUACGCCACGAUGUACAUCACAAGCACAAUUAAAACAAAGAGCAGCAGGCUAGCAAAGCCCGUGCUGUGUCUGGGGACCCUCUGUGCUGCCUUCCUCACCGGGCUAAACCGAGUUUCCGAGUAUCGAAACCACUGUUCGGAUGUGAUUGCCGGCUUCAUCUUGGGAAGCGCAGUAGCGUUGUUUCUGGGAAUGUGUGUUGUCCACAACUUUAAAGGAACACAUGGAGCUCCUUCUAAACCGAAGCCUGAAGACCCCCGAGGGAUGCCUCUCAUGGCUUUUCCAAGAGUGGAAAGUCCCUUGGAGACAUUGAGUGCACAGAAUCACUCUGCCUCUAUGACUGAAGUAACCUGAGCUGGAAGAUGGCAAGAGAAGCUAUUUUUUAUUAACCUUCAGUCCAAUGCUCCAAGACACACAGUUACUAAAUGUCCAACUGUGACGACCAGUAUUAUGUUAUGUCUAGUUAGAGGCUGAUGUUUUGUACAUUUUUUUGUAUGAGGAAGUGACGUAGCUUGCCCUGAUUUUUUGUCAGCUUUAAUAUAUUUAUGCCAGAAUUUAAACAAAAUCAAAAACAAACAAAAAAAGAACCCAACCUCUUUUCUCAUUUUAAAGUGUGCACUGAGAAACCACAUCUAUGGAAUUGUUGAUGUUGUUACGUGAUAUUUGUACACAGACUUUUUUUGUUUUAUAUACAUUGAAAUAAAAUAAUUA